AUGUCUUCCGACAACAGCAACUCGAAUCAGAACAACAACGAUAUGGCGCGCCAACAGAGACGGGGCUCCGUGACUGCUUCUUCUGCCGCUUUGGCAAGCCUCUUCCGAAGCAACUCCAUCUCACAGGCCCAGCCAACAAACUAUCCCGGAACCUCUGCCGCCAUCAACGAGCAACGUCGAAGACUCUCCAUCACCACCCUUGGCUUGUCCGGAUCAUCGCCGUCGGCUUCCUUUAUGCGUCGUGCCAGUCUCUCCACCAACAACUCUGAACUGGCUGAAGAGAAUGCCAUUGAUGAGGACGAUGGCGCCCGCACCGCACCAGCCGUUCCCUUCGGCCGCCGUAUGAGCCUAGGCGGCGCUCGGGGCCCUCGGGGUGGUGUUAGCCCUGGGACAAAUGAGCAAGGCUUCAACUGGUCCGAGCAGCUUCGAUCCCGUGCUGAGAGCACCGUUUCUGGUCAACGGUCCUCAUUCUCUUUUGCCUCAGGCCUUGGUGGCUCGCCUCCUGGCGCCGGCUUCAGACGCCCAUCUCCACCAGCUUCAACCCCUCAACAUGACCGAGCCAAAUCUGUCUCCGACAUGCCGGCACCUCCCGCCCAAGCACCGAAGCCUCGACCUGUCCCACAAAAGCCUGAUCCCUUCCAGGAGCGCAUUCUGAAGGGCGACUUCUACAUGGACUAA